AUGUCUUUUAUUGAAGUUAGUAGUGAUUCUCAUUUCCCUCUUCAAAAUUUACCCUACGGGACAUUUUCAACAAACGAUAAUGCACAACCAAGAAUUGGUGUUGCGAUCGGAACGAAAAUAUUGGAUUUGUCUGUUAUUAAACAUUUAUUUGAUGGACCCCAUUUACAUGAAAAUCAAAAUGUAUUUGAAGAGGCAACACUCAAUAAAUUUAUGUCACUUGGUAAACCAGCAUGGAAAGAAGCUCGACAACGAUUACAAGAACUUUUAUCUGAUAGUUGUACAACGUUAAAAGAUAAUGAUGGAUUACGUAAAAAAGCUUUCGUCGAACAAAACGAGGCUAAAAUGCAUCUACCUGCACAAAUAGGUGAUUAUACGGAUUUUUAUUGUUCAAAAGAGCAUGCAAUGAAUGUUGGAACGAUGUUUCGCGGAAAAGAUAAUGCUCUCAAUCCAAAUUGGUUACAUCUACCAGUUGGCUAUCAUGGACGAGCUUCAUCCAUAGUUAUAACCGGAACAGAUAUUCGUCGACCCAACGGACAAACAUGUCCUGAUGAAAGUAAACCGCCAACAUUUGGCAAUUGUAAAUUACUUGAUUUUGAACUUGAAAUGGCUUGUUUUAUUGGUGGGCCAGGUAAUCAACAAGGAGAACCAAUUACAAUGGAUACAGCUGAUGAAUACAUGUUUGGUGUUGUAAUCAUGAACGACUGGUCGGCACGUGACAUACAAAAAUGGGAAUAUGUCCCAUUAGGUCCAUUUAAUGCAAAAAAUUUCGGUACAACACUUUCACCAUGGGUUGUAACAAUGGAUGCAUUAGAAAGUUCUUUAUGUGAUGGACCAAUACAAGAUCCAAAGCCAUUAUCUUAUUUAACUCGACAAGAACCAAGUACAUUCAAUAUUGAUUUACAAGUUACAUUGAAACCGAAUAAUUCUUCCAAAGACUAUAUAAUUUGCAAGUCAAAUUUAAAAUACGUUUAUUGGAGUUUAAAACAAAUGCUCGUUCAUCACACAGUAACUGGAUGUAAUUUACGACCUGGAGAUUUAUUUGCAACAGGCACAAUUAGUGGUCCCACACCUGAGUCAUAUGGGUCCAUGCUUGAAUUGUCAUGGCGUGGAACAAAACCUUUAGAAUUAGAUGAAAAUUUAACAAGAAAAUUUAUUGACGAUGGCGAUACAAUAACAAUGACGGGUUUUUAUCAAGGCGAUGGUUUUAAAAUUGGUUUUGGACAAUGUACUGGAAAGAUCAUCCCAGCAUUACCAUUGCCAAAGUGA